AUGGAAAAAUACGAGAAACUUGGCAAAAUCGGUGAAGGAUCGUACGGAGUCGUUUACAAAUGUCGGAACAGAGAUAAUGGAAUGAUUGUUGCCAUCAAGAAGUUUUUCGAAACCGAAGACGACCCUCAAAUAAAGAAAAUCGCUUUGAGAGAAAUACGGAUGCUCAAGCAACUGAAACAUCCAAAUCUCGUGUCAUUGCUGGAGGUCUUCAAACGAAAUCGCAAAUUGCAUCUGGUAUUCGAGCACUGUGAUCGUACGAAAUACUCCAAAUGGUCGGAGGUACCGGAGGAGCUGACGAAGAAAAUCACUUGGCAACUACUUGAAGCUCUGCGAUUUUGUCAUUCACAUAAGUGUAUACACAGAGAUGUGAAACCGGAGAACAUCCUCCUCACCAAGAAUGACGUAGUCAAAUUGGCUGAUUUCGGUUUCGCUAGGAUAAUCAAUCCUCAAGAAAUGUACACCGAUUACGUAGCAACGCGAUGGUAUCGAAGUCCUGGUGAGUCUAAAGUCUAG